AUGAAGCUUAUUACCGCUUUUUUAUGCUUGAGCAACGCUGGGCUGACAGACCGACCUUCUGAUCAGAUUCUCAAUCGCGCCAAGAGAGAUAUUGGCUUGGAUAACUACGAAUUCAUUCAAGAUGACGCUGAGCCAAAGGGCGAUUUCUACGACCCAAUGGUCGACUUUAAUGACCAAGGUUACGACUUUAUCGAUGAUGUCACAGUUGACGACGACGUUGAAGAAUACGACGAUGGCGAUGAUGGAUACGAUUACGAUGAGGAGGAGGACGACAACUUAGACAGCGUCUACGACUCGAUGGGCUACACAAUCGAUGACGAAAACGACGACUACGACGAAGACUACUACGAUGAUAUCUACGACUACAUCGACGACGACGUGGUUAUCGUUCAGAGCGGAGCUGGAAUUGUUCAUUACAUCGGCAUGGGACUUGCCUCUGCUCUCGGAAUGUACGCCUUCUACAAAUACAAAAAAUACAAGAAAUCCAAGGCCGGAGAAGACGGCACCGAUGAAGAAAAACAGCCUGUCCGAGGAAAACGACGAAAAUAA